AUGGGUUCCACUCGCUCACGUGCCUCUGCCACUGCCAAAGAACGCCUACGCUGGACACAACAACUCCAUGAUCGCUUUGUGGAGGCUGUAAAUAAACUUGGGGGCCCUGAUAGCGCAACACCAAAAGGUAUAUUGAAAGGAAUGAAAGCUAUGGGUGUUUCGGAAUUAAACAUUUAUCACAUCAAAAGCCACUUGCAGAAAUACAGGAUCUCCAAAUUGAUUCCAGAGUCCCCCACAAGAGGGAAGCUUGAGAAAAGAAGCAUAUCUGAUAUACUGCCAAAUUUUAGUUCUAUAUCUGCUCUUCAGCUAAAAGAAGUCCUUCAAAUGCAGACAGAGAUGCAAAAUCGCUUGAGUGAUAAAACAGAGGUUCAGAGAAGCUUGAAGCUAAAAAUUGAAGCACAAGGAAAGUACAUGGAGAGAAUUGGACAAAGUAACCAUAGCAAAACAAUCAUUGAGAAAGCAUGCAAGCCUUUUGCUACUACAAUUGCUUCUCUGCCUUGUCUUUGUGAGGAAUCUGAAUCUUUGAGAACACAACUUGAGGAAGAGCACCAAUCAAGCAAAAAGCAAAAGAUAUCAGAAGAGGGUGUUUUUCUAACAAGUUUUGAACAUGCAUCAUCAACCCCACUAGAAUUCAACAACCAAACCUGGAAUCUUUCUUGGAGCCAGCUUGCAGCAGCAUGUCAGUCACCUUUGGUCCCCAAUUUCUUAUUAUGACUUUUGUGUAAUUAGAAUAUUUGUUUGCCUAAUAAAAUGGAUGAUCAUUUCUAUAUUUGGUUGGUGUUUUGGGCCUUCAAAGCAUUUUCAUGCUGACAUUCACAUCUUGGAGGACCUAAA